AUGAGUUUCAAUGCAAAAAACCUUACCUACGACAAGAGGGAGCCUGCAUUUCUUCGGAAACUACGGAGAGAAUAUGACAAUGGAAGUUGUGUUCGCGAUGAUAGACCAAAGCCGCUCCCUAUCAAAAAGAGGGAUGCUGAUGAUGAUGACGCCCCCACAUACGUCGACGAGGACAGCAACGAGGUAAUAUCUAAAGAGGAAUACGAAGCACUGGUGAGGGGGAAUGAUGACAACAAAGUCGUGGAGAACUCAAGAAACAACAGAGAGGAUGCGAGUGAUCAAGCCAAGUCAGCACAAGUUGAAGCAAAUGGCGAGGCGUCAGUAGAACGGCAAGGCUCCAAGACCAAACAGAAGCAACAAGUUGUGGAGAUUGGUGGAACAAAGAAACGAAAGCAAGGAAAAGUAAUUGGACAGGAGGCUACUGGCGAGGAUGCGAAGAAACCCCAAGCGUUACGGAAACCGAAGCAGAAGAAGAUUAAGCUCUCAUUUAAUGAUGGAGACUGA